AUGAUGAAUUCUUCAUCUCCAUCAUCUCCAUCAUCAAUGGGUGAUGAGGGUGCAGCUGCAUUGAGAUUAGCGCUUACUCUCACCCAUCUCAUUCUCGUUUUAAUCGGAACUUUCAAUCUACUCGUCAUUUUCCUUGUCAUCGUUAGACCAUACAUGAGAUCAAUCACAAAUGUCUACAUGGUCUCUCUUUGUCUCGCCGAUUUCAUCUACCUUGUCAAUUUAAGUUUUGUUGCAGCAACGCAGCUGAAUAACAAGAGUUGGCCAUUUGGCAAUGCGAUUUGCACGCUUUUUCACGGCUCCGAGGCCACCGGUAAAUAUGCAUCUGUCCUUUUCGUGGUACUUCUCGCCGCUGAUCGCUACUGUGCCAUGUGUCGGCCAUCUUUGUGCUCAAAAUACCGCAACUAUCGAACAGCAAUCGUGCUCUCGUUGGCUGCUUGGUUAGCCGCUUUGGCGAUCUCACUUCCAUUGUACAUUGUUUCCGAAGAGAUCCCGAUUCGUUUACAUGAGAACCCUUUUCAACCACCGUCACACGUUCUCUGUAUAGCCAAAUGGUCAGGCCAUGGGCUGGCAAGGAUGUAUAUCAGCUUAUCAUCAGUUUUUAUCUUUGUCAUUCCACUCGUUCUCAUCAUUUACUGCUAUUUUCAUAUUUUGAAUAAAUUGCGAGAAGCAGUCAAGGGUUCAAAACGUUUACGACGAGCUUCCUCGACGAGAGCUCCCUACCAUCGAGUGACACGCUUGGUGCUUUGGGUGGUCAUAUUCCAUGUGAUUUGUUGGUCUCCCUAUUGGAUCUUCAACUUAUUAUCCUCAAUCUUCCGUGUUCGAAUCAGCUCACAAUUAGAGAGAAUCGUCAUCAAUAUUAUUCAUCUUUUCCCAUAUAUCAAUUGUGCUCUCAAUCCACUUCUUUAUGCGGUCACUGCUGACAACUUUCGAAUCGCUUUUCGAUCGGUGUUCUGUUGUAAAGCUGAGGCAACGGAAACAGAAAACGGGAAACCGUAUAUAGCAACAAGAUCCACAUAUCAUCGAACUGGAACCACAAUCAACGGAUCCCCAGUACUCGGCGAGCGUUCUGUUUUCCAGCUCGAGAAGAAAGAUUCUGUGAAUAAGGAGGAAACAACAUUGGAGAAGAUCAUUCCACCGAUUCUUGACCAAAUCGGUGUCAGACUCGAGCCACAUCGAAGUGUCAGCACUGGAAGAUUAUCGAUUCGCCGGAGUUUCUGUAAUGGAGAUGAAGCAUGGCGACAAUGCUCACAAGAUGAGAUCAGGAAAAUGUCAAGG